AUGGAUAGCAAACCGGGCUAUGAUUCGGAUGAUGAAUUCUUCGAUUGCCAGUCAGAGGCUUGUUUCUAUGCUGUAGCUUCUCCUUUGAGUAAAGGUCAAGGUGAAGUUUUUGUGGAUCCUAAGAGGGCUUAUUUAAAGUUACGUGGUAUCACGGGUGCUAGGCUCAAGUUAUUUGCUAAUCAUGUGGAUGCCAACAAGUUUGCAAAUACUCCAGUUGACGAAGAGAACCUCUUCAACCCCUACCCUCCAUCACCCAAAGCUGAUGUUGAAAGCAGUCCAUACCCCAGUGUUAGUCAACAAACCCUGAUUCGCUUUCGAUCAAUGUUAGAUAGUGGGAACGUUGAUGUUGUAAAAAAAAUGGUAGACGAGAACCCGAUGAUUUUAGUAACGACUAGUGACACACCCACAAUAUUGCAAAUACGCUUUCGAUAUAAUGCAUUACAUGUGGUUGCUUCGAAAGGAAACGUCAACCUGCUCCAGUUUCUUCUAAACUGUAUUGAUUCUGCUAAAUUUUGGGAACGUCUGUAUCCAGGUGCAUCUAAAGAAGCGUCUUACUGGCGUCAGCAGUAUGUUCUAGACCUAUAUUUGAAUAGUCCUGAGCUUGGAAACUUUGAAACUCCCCUACAUUUUGCUAGCAAAUAUGGACAUAUUGAAUGCGCUUCCAUGCUUGCGCGGCAUCCAUUAACAAAGCUCGACUCUCGGAACUUUGCAGGUCAUACGCCUGUAGAUUUGGCUGCUACUCGUUUGAUCAGUCAAGAGAAAAUCCCUCAUUCGGACUUCAAUUGUCCCACUAACAUUGUUAAUAGAAUUCUACAGAUUUUCGAUGAGAGUUACAUUGUAUUAGCAGAUGUGGAGAUUUCAGAACCAGCUAUAAUACAGACUAGGAUACUAGCACCCUUAAACACGCGUGAAUUUCAAACGAUGUUAGGGUUGUAUGCACGGAAUUCGUGUAAAACAUUUGAAAAUGCAACCCAUGUGAAACCGUUUCCUAUACAGAACAAUCAAUUUUUUUCUUUCAAGAGUUCGGUGGAAAAUGGGGAUUGUCUCAAAGUUAAGAUUAAUGGGAAUGUUCACCGGUUACGAGGCUUCUCAGGACCAAUGCCGAGUCAUGUAGCUGUCGAAUUUCGAAAAAAAUGGCUUCAAUACAAUGCGCCUAAUGCUGUUGACUACAAAUCUUUUUCACAUCUUCGUCUAGUUGAUUCAGAAAAAGGAUAUGAACGCCAAGGACGGUAUUUAUCACGUGUUUUUGGGACAAGUUGGUAUGAAUAUUGGGAAUUUUUGGAUGAUUACAUUGACUUAAGCUCUGAAGAUGGUUUGCUAGCUUUAGAAGAUUAUCUGUCUAAUUGUUCAUCACUGAAUAUUGAUCAUCCAUUAAAAGAUUGCUUAAACAAAAGUAAUACUGAAGGUAGUAUUGUAGCAAAUGUUUCGCAAGAUGUCAAUCAGACUGGCUGUACGCUUUCUACAACAUUUUCACUUUUCGAUGAUAACAAUAACGAUGUAUUCGCUCCAGCAACACCUAUUAUCCGUGGAAAAUUAGCUCCUAAAAUCAACUCAACAAUUAACAGAGAAUUAUUUGCGUCAUUUAAUUCUCAACGUUGGCUAUCUUAUCGUCAAGAUAAAGGUUGUAUUCACGGAUUAAAUGAUAGUUUGGAAAAUAGCUCCGAGCAAACAAACUUAAACAUUCAUUCUCAUGAGGAAAUGUCUGGUGGAAGAGGCUCAGUAGACAAAGCUGUUGUUGUCAGUCCCAUAGUACAACUUCUGAAGCGUUUGACGUUUGUAAGUCCAAUGGGUUGGUUAAGAGCAGGUAAUCAAGUAGACGGAGAUGGCCAAAAGUCUUUAACUACCGACAACAUAAUCCCAAUUAGUGAUGCCAAUUCUACUACCAAUAAACUUGUUGGUUAUGUGUCUGAACUGAGAUUUUCAAACAAACGCAGAAUAUCGACAUCAAGCAUUCAGAGCUUAGAUUCGCCUUUAGAAAAACCUGGUGGCAAGAAACACUCACCUGAUAAAGCAACAACCAAACCAACAUCUGAAUUAACAGCAAAACAAUUACCACACUACUUCACUAAUAUCUACAAAGCGUUGCCUGGAAAUGACGACGAGCUAAAAGAUUUUAACCCGCUUGAGUUGCCACUUCAAAAAUCUACACCAUCUCUUGUACUAUCCACGUCAAACAAUUCUAAAUUUAUAAAAUGUAUUCAACUAACUGAAUACGUUCAAUCUUUUUUAAAUAAGUCCUCCUAA